AUGCCAUUAUUAUUAGCCACCCAGUCUCAUGUAUGCCAUGGGUAUGUUGGAAAUAGAGCUGCUACAUUCCCAUUGCAAUGCUUAGGUUGGGAUGUAGAUUGUUGUAACUCUGUUCAAUUUUCAAAUCAUACCGGCUAUGGUAUGGAUAAAGUGUUUGGUAAUAUUACUUCUACUGAUGAUCUAAAUAAUAUUUUAAAAGAUUUGUUUUCUAAAGAAAAAAGCCACCAAUAUAAUGCUUUGUUAUCAGGCUAUUUGCCGAAUCAAAUGUCUGUUAAAUGUAUGAGUCAGAACUAUAAGAAUUAUAAAUCAAAUCACGGGGAUUGCGUUUGGUUAAUGGAUCCAGUAAUGGGGGACGAGGGUCAAUUAUAUGUCUCUGAAGAUGUUGUACCGGAAUAUAGAUCUAUCAUAUUUAAUAAUGAGCCUGGCCUUGUAAAUAUCAUAACACCAAAUCAAUUCGAAUUAGAGUUAUUAUGUGAUAAAAAAAUUAGAACUUUUGAAGAAUUGGAAAAUUGCUUGACUAUGCUAAGAAAAUAUGUUGAUACAAUCAUAGUAACAUCGAUCGAUUCCUCAUUAGUAGAAACAAAGGAGACAAAAGAAGGCAAGAGCACAGACGAAUCUUAUAUAUAUUGUGUGGUAUCAAGUGAAAAGCAGAGCAAAGGCGAUGGCUCACAGAUAUUUAGGGUACCUCUAUUGAAGUCAUAUGUUACAGGUGUUGGAGACUUGUUUUCCGCUUUAGUUCUUGAUCGUAUUUAUAAUUAUGAUGCAGAAGAAAGAUUUGAUAAAAAAAUUCCCUUCUAUAAUCAGAUUAAUGAGGUAUUAGAUGUUAUCCAAAGAGUAUUGAAACUAACACAAAGCUAUGCUCCGAAAGAUUUGGUUUCCAAAAUAAAUUCUGCUGAUGAAAUGAAACUGAUGGAGUUGAGGAUUAUCGAGGCAAGAGAUUAUUAUGAUAAGCCAACUAGACAUGAUUAUAGAUAUAUAUGCCAUUAA